GCAAAGGCGGUGACGCUGUUGCCUGAGAGGCGUGGACUGCUGUUUUGUUUUUUUUGCUCGCUGGGCUCGGCUUUUUAAUCAUGUUGCUCUGUGACUUUGUGGAGAUGUUGACGGAAACGUGAGGGAGUGCGAUUCAGGCUGCUCUUCUGCCUCACACACCGACACACAAACACACAAACGCACACACACACGCGUGUUGUGUGUCCCUCGGCAUGGCGGGCGAGUGUGUGAUCAGGGGUACGGACCUGAAGGAGCUGGACGAGGAGGGACUAUGGGAACUGAUCAACGACCACAGGCAUCGGAUCUCCCUGGGGGUCCGGCCGUGCAUGCUGAUCCCCUACCUGAGGCAGGCCAGGGUGUUGAGCGAGCUGGACGAAGACGAGAUCCUCUCCUGUCACAACCUCCACAACCGCUCUAUGAGAACCAGUUACAUGCUGGACCUUCUGAGGACUCAAGGGAGGAACGGUGGCGUGGCCCUGCUGGAGAGUCUGAUGAUCCACUACCCCUGUCUCUACACCCAGGUCACCGGGCAGAAGCCCAGCACAGAGCCAUCCAAAUUCAGCGGCCUGAUCAAGUACUCAGAGCUGACAGAGUACCUGGUGCGGGCCGUGACGGGCAUGCAGAAGGAACUCCAGGAGGCGCGCAACGAGGCGGGCCGGCAGGGUGGACGCUGCACCGCCCUGCAGGCGGAGAUGGACCUGAUGACGGAGGCGGAGGAGAAAUCCCGCCGCUUCAGCUUGGAGAACGAGCACAUGCGGCGGCAGCUGGCGGCGGCGAACCGCGAGCUCACCAAGCUGAAGGACGAGCGGUGCGACCUUUACGUGCGCCACACCGCCGCCAUCGAGGAGAAGUCGGCCGUGAACAUCCGGAGCCGGGACCUCACCCUGCAGGUGUACCAGCUGCAGACGGAGCUGCAGAAGGCGCAGGCUGAGACGGACUACCAGAAGCGGCGCUCGCUGAAGUGUGCCUCGCCGGCAGAGACCCAGCAGCUGCGCGAGGAGCUCAGCGCGCUGCGCAGGGACAUCAUGAUGGUGGAGAAGUUCAGCCCGGCCCAUGAGGACAUCCUGGCCCAGGACCUGGCUGAGGCCCGGGAUGGACGCAUGGAGCUGGCCGAGCAGCUGAGGAGCUACAGGGACGAGAACGAACGGCUGCUCCGAGAGAAGGAAGAGUCCCUGGACCAGAAGGAGCAGCUGGCACUGCAGGUGAAGCAGCUCACCUUGGACUGUGACAUGUUCAAGGAGAAGAGCUCCGUGAUCCAGGGCCAGAUGAGAGAGCUACAGGACGAGAGAGACCAGGCGUACGCGUCCCGGGACGAGGCCCAGGCCCAGAUCAGCCGCAGCCUGGCCGACAAGGACACCCUGCGCUCCCAGAUAGUGGAGCUCCAGGAGAGGCUGUUCUCCUGCCAGGGGGCCCGGACCCCCACCACCGUCUGCCUUUACUCCGCCGAUUCGGGGGGCUCCUGGGACAGCCUGGGCUCCAGCAGUGAGGACUCCAGCGGGACCCCCCCCCGGCCCCCCCUCCGCCGCACGACGGCCCUCGACCCCACGGACUACCCCUUCUUCAACCCUGAGUCUGAGGACGGCCCACCCUGCAGCAUUCGCUCCCUGACCGCGCAGCCGCCGGGACCAGAGUCACUGCGCCGACGUGAGGGGGAGCUAUACGCAGAGAGCAGCCCAGAAACAGCUGAAAUCUGCCCCCCGUUGGACGACUUUGUGUUUCUCCCAAACGAAUUCGAGACGGAGACGUCGGGUGGGAGGUGUCCUUCCAGGGGCAACGGGGCAGACAGUCCCUCGACCCCCCCCAGAGGCUCCGCCCCUCCCUUCCUGAUGCGGUCGCGGCCCAAGGCGGUGCGUCUCUUCGGCCGUGUGCUCACCAUCUCCUUCCAGGGGAAGGACCUGCUCGCCCAGCUCUCCGUCGUCGGGGGCAACAAGACGGGCGUGUUCGUGAGCGGGGUAGCGGAGGGCUCGGCCGCGCAGACCGUGGGCAUCAGCCCCGGGGCGCAGAUAGUGGAGGUGAAGUUCGAGCACGACCAGCAGUCCCUGAGCAUGGUGCUGCAGGACUCCACCCUAGAGGAGGCCCUGUGGGCCCUAGGCCAGGUCAGGGGCCUCUGCCACCUCUCCCUGCGCUCCAGCCAAGACGCCUAUGAGAGCCUCCUGCAGCGGCCCCCGAGCGGUGCGGCCCCCUCCGGGGACUCCUUCUACGUGAGGGUCAACAUGGCCAUCCCCCGGGGGCCCGGGGGCCCGCUGGCCGUGGCCUGCAACGACAUCCUCCACGUGACCAACACGUGCCCCCCCGGGGGCAAGAGCACCUGGGAGGCCAGCCACGUCCACCCCAGCCAGCUGGUAGACCUCCAGGGGGGCACCAUCCCCAACUACUACAGGGCCCAGCGGCUUCUGAUCAGAGCCAUCGAGUACAUGAGCUUCCAGACCAAGACAGGCGGCAAGGGGGCGGCGGGGGCCGGAGGGGCCAAGGAGAAGCAGAAGGCGGUGAGGAUCGUCAGCACGGGCCGUCAGGGCAGGAGCUCGCUGUGGCUCAGCGUCCAGGUCAGCAGCGCCAAGAGCCGAGAGCCAGGCGAGGCGGCGGCGGCGGCGCCCCCCCGUGGCUGCGUGACCCUCAUGCCGUACACCCUGGUCACACCCCACUACCCCCCGGUGUGCCGUCCCGUCCUGGUGCUGCCCACCGUCCUGGGCCGCGUGCUGGACGAGAAGCUGGCCUGCUGGCAGGGCUUCCAGCUGUGUGAGCCCGAGUUGCUCAGCUCCAGUGCCCAUGCCGUGAGGCUCCAGAGGUCCGAGGUGCUGGAGGAGGCAGAGCAGGGAGGAAGUCAUCUCUGCUACACCCUGCAGAGUGUGGAGAAGGUCAUGAAGAAGGGAAUCCACUGUGUGCUGCCGUUGGGUCUGGACUGUGUGCGCCGCCUUCACAGAGCAGACAUCUUCCCCAUCAUCAUCUUCGUGGCUCAGUCUACCCGCAGCGCACGGAAGUUCAGGUCUAAGCUGCAGCGCCACGGGCUGAACGAGAAGCGGCUGCUCAGCUGCUCCGACAGCGAGGAGUCGCUGCUAGACAAGCUGCCCUGCGUGUGUCGCACGGUGGCUCCCGACCACUGGAGCGACAGCGCUGCCCUGCUCAACCGCCUGCACACCAUCAUCUGGGAGGAGCAGCAGAAGAUCGUGUGGGUGGAGCCUGACCUCUGGUGACCGGUGGGGGCGGACGCUGUCACACGAAGGGCUAGCCCAUUUAUUGUUAUUUUUUAUUAUUAAUUUAAAGAAAAACUAAAAAUAAAAGAAAAUCUUUUUUAAUGAGCCAAUAGAAACGAACCCGUCAUGUGUACUCUCAUGAUGAAAUGAUAUGAGUGUGUGCUUGCAAACAUACUUUUGGUGUAUGUAUCUGUGAUACAGACUUAUGGAACGACCGUCUUUAGUGAACGGGUCGCCGAAUGAUGUCCUUCCACGAUGAUUGUUAUUUUUUCUCAGUUUAUUUCACAAUCAGUGAGUUGAAGGUUGGAUCCAUGUGGAACUAGGACCUGUGAUAGUUUUACACACAACUUGUUGCGAUGAAUUCUAAGUCUUAUUCUGAAUGAGCAUGGCGACUUCAGGGGGUUCUAAGUUAUCUGUCAACUAAGAAAUGUUCACGUGGUACAUGUUUAUAUUUUUGCAAUUUUUCACAAAUAAAUAAUUUAGCGAACGAUU